CAAUGUCGCAAUGCUUCUCUGGAUCGAACUGGAAGCUCCAACGGAACAACUCGAAGAUCCAGGAUGAUGGCAGAGCCGACCUAUCUUUCGAUGAGAAACUCCAGGCCAAACUCUUUCGCAAAUUCCACCAUGAAGACAAAAAGGCAAAGAAGAACCCCGAUGAGAAAGAGACCAAGGAACCCAAACGGGCAAUUCUCCAUUUGCGCAGUCGAAAGGAUGAUUUUGUGCCAGAUCUCCAGGGCUUCGAAGGCGUACCUCGCAUGAACAUCGCUAUUCUCAUAACUGGUUCUCGCGGCGACGUACAGCCGUUCGUGGCUCUGGGAAAUGUCUUGCAGAAAGAGCCAUACAACCAUCGCGUCAGGAUCUGCACCCACCCUAACUUCAAAGAUUUCGUGGAAGAGAAUGGACUCGAGUUCUUUUCAAUUGGCGGAGACCCUGAGAAGCUCAUGUCGUACAUGGUUCGUAACCCUGGUGUCCUGCCCAGUCUCGAGUCCAUGAAAGCUGGAGAUGUCGGCGACCGCCGUGAAGAGAUUGCAGAGAUGUUGGAAGGUUGCUGGCGAGCUUGUACACAAGGCGGUAAUGGAAUGGACCCCAUCAGACUUCCCGAAGCAAGCAAAAUCAGCUCAGAGACCCUCAUGAAGCUGCCGGAUCCUUUCGUCGCGGAUGCAAUCAUCAGCAACCCUCCCGCCUAUGCCAACAUUCACAUUGCCGAGAAGCUGGCUGUACCUUUGCACAUGAUGUUCACGAUGCCUUGGAGUCCGACAACCGCAUUUGGCCACCCUCUGGCCAACUUGGACAGCGACAAAGGAGACAGAAAACUUGCAAACUACCUCUCAUACUACAGCAUGGAAUUAUUAACAUCAGAGGGUUUGAUUGAUUUGAUCAACGAUUUCAGAGAGAACACACUGGCAUUGGAUCCUCUGCAUGCUGCUUGGGCCCAUCAAUUGUUGUACCAAUUGAAGGUACCAUUCACAUACUGCUGGUCGCCCGCUCUGAUUCCUAAACCAGAGGAUUGGGGCUCACACAUUACCAUCAGCGGCUUCUUCUUCAUGGAUCCCAAGAAGGAUUUCGAGUUUGAACCUGAUUUGAAAAAGUUUCUAGAUGCUGGUGACCCACCAGUGUACAUUGGGUUCGGCUCAAUUGUGGUUGAUGAUCCGGAAGCGAUGACCAAGAUGAUUUUGGAUGCUGUAAAGCAGCUUGGAACUCUUGUGUCCAAGGGAUGGGGAGGUAUCGGAGGCGAAGAUGUUCCUGACAACGUCUUCCUACUGGGCAAUGUACCUCACGACCAGCUUUUCCCGCAUUGUGCUGCAGUAGUACAUCAUGGUGGUGCCGGCACCAAUGCCAUUGGUAUAUCUCUUGGCUGUCCAACAGUCGUGGUGAUGAUUCACAGAGCUGGAGCUGGACCAUCACCUAUACCCUACAAGGAUCUUGACGCGGACAAGCUGGCCAACCAGAUCAGAGAAGCUCUGAAACCCGAGACCAAGGAACGCGCGAGAGAACUUGCUGCUAAGAUCAAGGAAGAAACUGGUGCUAAGACUGCCGCGAAAUACUUCCACGAUACUGCUCAGAUGCAAGACACAGGGUGUUUCUUGUGCCCCGAUCAGGUUGCAGUAUACCGUGUGAGGAGAACUAACAUCAGGCUCAGCGCUCUUGCUGCAGCUAUCCUUGUCGACAAUAACAAGAUCCAACCUCAGCAUCUUAAGCUUGUCAGAAGCAAGCGCUGGUACGUUGAAAAGGGCGCCCAAGAGCCUCUCAUCGGUAUCUACGGUGCAGUAUCGACGACAGGAGUUGGUUACAAGAACUGUAUCAGCCGUUUGUCCAGAGACCUGCAUGCAAACAAGGGACGCAAGGCAGGCCACAGCAAGAUCUUUGUCGGCGACGCAGAAGCUGCAGAAGAAAUUCCCGGUGCUCUCAAAGCUGUUGGCAAGUUCAGCGGAUCCAUGGGCAUGAACACUCUCAGGCUUCCUGUGGAUCUCCUAUACAACCUCGCCAAUGGGUUCCAUAAUAUGCCUUACCAUUUCUUCUCGGAUGACACCGUUCGAGUCCGUGGCGAGAUCAACGGCGUUAUGUCUGGAACGAAGGUUGGAUUCCAAGAACUUGUCUUUGGCUUCUAUGACGCAUUUACCGGCGUCCUCACACAACCCGUCCGCGGCUACAAGAAGCACAGCAGCGAAGGUGUCGGACCAGCAACAUGGGGAGCAACCAAAGGCGCCGGCAAAGGCCUAGUCGGCCUGGUAAGCAAAACCUCUGCCGCAGCUCUCGGUGUCCCAGGUUACGGUUUCAAAGGUCUCGAAAGAUCCAUCCGCACAGGCUGGAAAACACGCGACGAGCCCAACCAAAACAGUUUGGUCCUCCUACACGCCCUCCAAGGCCGAGCACAAGACGAAGAGCAAAUGGGCAAUGCCGCUCUAGCCAUCGUCUCACAGGCCCAAGGCAACGGCAUCCGUCACCAGAUCCGUGGAAGAAGAGGUUGGCAGUGUUUCCUCGAGUUGCAAAACCUUCGCCAAAAUCCUGAGAAGGCUGCUGCUAAAGAAGAGGCGGUUUUGCAGGGUUGGGACCGUCUCAAGGUUUCUAGGGAGUUUACGCGCGUUGAGCAG